AUGUUACUUCUCUUCAUAUCUCCUGCGACUCUCGUCGCUGUAGCUUUUGUUCUCUCGUUAUUAACGCCUGUCAUAGCUCAAACUACUACUCUUCCUCCUGCCUCAGAAUGCUUUGAGUCUGUGACGUUUUCUGGCUGCGAUACUCUAUCUUCAAAGAUCAACGAAUGCAGCAACCUUCCAUCGUCAUCCACCUCUUCAGAUUAUGCAGCUUGUUUCUGCACCCAGGAAGUGUUCAAUGCCAUCACUGAUUGCGAAAGUGAAACUCGCAUGUGUGCACGAAGCCCCAACAACGACCACUAUUACGAUGACAUUCGAACGCAAUGGCUCAAUGUCUGUGGCUCUAAGAUUAAUUUUCCUCUCACCACCCCUGUUCUCUCGAACUAUGCCUACGGUACAUUUAGCGAUCUUAGCUGCGUUAGUACCGCAGAUUCUGCAUGUCAGAGUGUGCAAUAUUUAGCUAGCCAAUGCUCUUCUUCCUUUCAGGGUACAACGGCAUCUGGAUAUUAUUCGUGUGCCUGUCAGGAUGAGGCAGUAUCCCAAGCAUCGCUUUGUGAGAUCUUUGGUGCGUCGUGUCUAGGACACAGUGUCGUUACCUCAACGCUCUUUAUUUACCAACAUUGUGGAUUUGGGCGCCCUACAUUGGCUCCAACGACUAUAAGCCCAACAGAUUCACAGUCAACGCAGACAAUUAUAACAACGUCUGGAGCAGCAUUCUCUUCUGCUUCUGUCACUAUCACCUCAUCUCCUCCACCAAUAAUUGCUUCAACCUUGAUAACACCAACAACUACAGCAAUUAUUUCAACAACAACAACAACUUCUUUAUCUAUUUCAUCAACUUCUACUUCCAAAGGAGCUGCUAUUAGUAAACAAAAUAUUUAUAAACUAUUAAGUUUAGGAAUCUUUCUUUAUACAAUCCUUACAUUAACUUCUUCCGGUUAG